AUGGCUGGCUCUCCUCCUGCUUUACCAGGCUUCGGGAGCUCAGGAAAGAGUUUUCUUAUUGACAAUCUGCUGCAGUCACAGACAUCUUCAGCUCGUCCAGAAGGGACAGCAGGUGGGCACAUGAGACGAGCAACAUGUGAACGUCCGAGGAGAACCUGGGGUCUUGAGCAUGGAGCCUACCAAAGCCAGGCCCACGGUCCACAGCCGGUGAAAGACUUAGGGGGACCACUUCUGCCACACUCAGGUGUGCUGAGUAGUGUUUUCCUGCGGAGCCCACAGUAUCUGCUGGCAUACUGUGGAGGGUCCAGCCCCCCUCCUGUCUUCUCCAAUAUAAGUCCUAAAUCACGUAGAGGGAUCCUUAGGAGGGCAGUGUUUUCCGAAGAACAAAGGAAGGAGCUGGAGAAAACUUUUAGAAGACAGAAGUACAUCAGCAAGACAGACAGGAACAAGCUUGCAGCUGAUCUCAGUCUCAAGGAGUCACAGGUCAAGAUCUGGUUCCAGAACCGCAGAAUGAAGUGGAGGAACUGUAAGGAGAAAGAGGUUCAUAACACUCGCUCCCCGAUGGAUGAGCUCAUGGCACGGGGUCUGGCUCAGGAGGAGGAAGAGCCAUCACCGAAUCAUACUGAUGCAAAGUCUGAUAAAUCACCACCACAGAAGAAUGCCAGGGACACAUGA